AAACAUAAUAAACAGAGAGGAAGGAGUAUGAAGAAGAGUAAACUAGAGAACUUGCUCUCUCCCUCAUCUUCAUGGCGGGAAAAUCAGAAUCCUCCUCCGAGGAGAAACUCAAACUCUUCCGCCGUCUCCUCCGGCUGCCUCCCCGGAUUCUUCAACCUCUUCCUCUCCACCUUCAACCGCCGGAAAUCUAUCACCUUGGGAUCUAAGAAACGAGAACAGAGAACCGUCGUCUACGCUUCUCCUCCGGGAGAUUCAUCAAAUGGAGACGACGGAGGAAUAGUCGCGCCGCCGCUUUCACGCAACGAAGGAGACGGAGAUGCGGCGAGGGUGAGUCUGGUCGGAGCGUUAGAGAAAUGUGAUCGGGACUUAGAGGAACUCCGGAGAACCAUUGACGUCAUCAAAACCACUUACCUUCUUCACAAGAAAAUCGAGGUAUCUCAAGCGACGGCGCCGGCGUGUGAUAAUUUCAAAUUCUCUGGCACCGUGGCAGGACCUGUCGUCGUGGGGACGGAAACGAAUAAGAACACGAAGACGACAAUACACGAACCAGACACAGACAGAACAAUGUUGUCGAUGAUGAUGAACCAUCACGAGUACUGCAAAGACAACAAAGCCUACAAAGUCAACAACAUAAAUCUAAUCACAAGACCUGAUCAUUACAACAUGCAUGACCUCAUUUCCAAGAGAGCAACGUCAACGGAGACACGUGGCACGGUGCCUAUCGUGGUGCGGAAGGUAAGACGGAGCUUGAUGGACAGCGUGAACCAGGUUUGCGAUGACGUGGCAGCUGGACAACGAAGAGAGGUCGCGAAGAUUGGUUUGGCUCUUCAUGAUCACAUCUGUCGGGACUUGAUCGCUGAAACCGUUCAUGAGCUCUCUUUCUCCUACUGCUACGACGACGACGGAAAGUGUCAUCAUAAAUCGGCAGGAAGUGGACGCCGACACAUCCGACGUGGCAGUACCAACUCACUCCCGCUCGACGCGUGUCGAAGAAGAUUAGUGUUUUGAUGUGAUCGACCCUCUUAGGUUCUUUUAUUUGUGUGUCAAAGUCACGACAGUUUUCACAUAUGUCACGUGUUAUACUUUUCUUGAACUAAUAAUAAUCUAAGA